AUGGGCGGCGCCAGCGAGGGCGGGGACGCUCCUCCGCUCCCCCCGCACUCGCGCUCUGCGCGCGACCCGGACCGUCACACGCGUCACGUCUCUCGCGCAGAAUGGCGCGCGCGCCACCCGGCGCCGCCGUCACGUUCGCGCGAUCGCGACGCGCCGCUCGGGAAGAACGGCGGCCCCGCGCGCGGGCGGGUCGUGUCCGGCGUGCAUCGCACCCAAGCCGAGCUCGAGCGCGCGAGCCCGCCGAACCUCAGACGCAUGGGGUUAAACUCCGUGGAGGAGUACUUCGCGAUGGAGGAGCGGAGGAUCCGCGCGAAGGCGGCGCUGGACGCGAUCGUUAGGGAUCCGACCGUCCCCGCGGAGGAAAAACAUCACGCCGCGGCGACGUAUCACGUGACCGCGGGAAGGCACAUUCACAACUGCCGCGACUGUUGGCUCAUGCGCGGGUUAUGCGUGUGCGACUUGCUGUGUAAGGUGCCGAGCGCGCGACUCGAGCCGCACGGCGUCGUCGCGUAUCUGCAUCACUUCGAGUGGGGUCGAGGGAGCAGCACGGGGAAUCUGAUUCGCGCGUGCCUCGGCGGAGAGCUCUUCGUGACGGGGGAGCGGACGCACGAGCGCGCGCUGAGGGAGAUGUUCGAAGGGAACGAUGGAGGGAAAAACGUCGCGAUAUUAUGGCCCGGGGAAGGGUCCGUGGACGUCCGCGACGUGGUGCGAGAAGCCAGCCGUAGAAGCGCGGAAGCGCUCGGGGCGGGGGAAGGAAACGCCGGAGAAGGAAGCGUCGGCGUCGGCGUCGGCGGCGGCGGCGGCGUCACGUUCGUCGCCGUGGACGCGACGUGGAACAGCGCGCGGAAGAUGAUGCGGCGGAUACCGAAACACAUCACGCGCGCGAGGAUACCCCCCGAAGCGUUCGACGCGGACUACGACGCGUCGAAACACGUCGCGUCGCCGCCGCCGCCGCCGCCGUCGGACGCGGCGACGACGAAAACCGGCUCGACGAAAACGACGUCGCUCCUCGCGCCCGUGCGAAAGUAUAAAAACGCCCCGGACGGGCGCUGCAGCACGUUCGAGGCCGUGAUCGCGCUCAUGCGCGUCUUGGGACACGACAGGGAAACGUGCGACGGUCUACUGCGCGCGGUGAAGACGAAAGUAGACGCGGUGCUCGUGCAGAAGAGCGUCCCCGGGGCGUACGGGACGUUUAGCGUCGAAGAAGACGUCUACGAGGCGGCGGCGGCGGCGAGGAGGGCGCGGGAGGCGAUGGCGGUGGGACCCGCGCGCGGGGAUGGCGGCGGCGGCGGCGGCGGCGAGGGGGGAGAUCCUGGCGUGGAGGGGGGGGUAGAGGGAGGAUGUUGGAUGACCGCGGCGAUGGCCGGGUUGAAGACGUAG